CUGAAGACGAGUAUCACUAUCUUACUGAAUGGGUCGAGAAAGCCAUCCGAGGGGCAGAUCCUGAUCAUAUUUUGUUUUUGGACGGAAACAUGUCAUAUUCAAUAUGUUUUCUCUCAGUUUUAAGAGCCCUCUGCCUAACUCUGCCUACGCGAUUCAAUGUACGGAUUUCCAUGGAAUGAACAGCACUCGGGUUUGGAACGACAGUCGCAGUGUAUGCGGGAGCAAUAUGACCGUAAAGUCGAAUAUCAUCGCAAAGUGAACGUACCAAUCUGGAAUGGAGAGUUUGGUCUUCUAUAUUCGCCCCCUUACCAUGGGGACGCUGGCAAGAAACCAAUCUACGGCGGUAUCACCUUGUCAAAGACCAGCUCCCCAUCUAUGAGCAGGAAGGGAUAGAUCACGCUGGCUUUUCAAAGACAUUCACAGUUCCCCCCACUACACCCCUGCAUCUUUCCUGACCAUGUUCACCGCAAGUCUUUCG